CGUUAUUUUGCACCGCAGCGCCGGAAACUCAGCAAGACUCGAAGAAGAACAAUAGGAGGUAAAAUCGUGUCAGAGAAGGGCCGAGGCAGAAACUAAGAUUCAAAAUCAAUAAUACACACCUUCACAAUGCUUCCUCUGUCUCUGCUGAAGACUGCCCAGAACCAUCCUAUGCUGGUGGAGCUGAAGAACGGGGAGACGUAUAACGGUCACCUCGUCAGCUGUGACAACUGGAUGAACAUCAACCUGAGAGAGGUCAUCUGCACCUCGAGGGAUGGUGAUAAGUUCUGGAGGAUGCCUGAGUGCUACAUCAGAGGAAGCACCAUCAAGUACCUGCGAAUCCCAGACGAGAUCAUCGAUAUGGUGAAGGAGGAGGUGGUGUCGAAGGGUCGCGGCCGCGGAGGUGCCAUGCAGAAUAAACAGCAGGGCAAAGGAAGGGGAGGAGCUGGCCGAGGUCUGUUUGGUGGUCGUGGUCGUGGAGGACUGAGCGGCCCUGGUCGGGGCCAGCAGCAGCAGCAGCAGCAGCAGCAGCAACAGCAGCCGCAGCAGCAGCAGGAUAAGAAACUAGGCAAACCACAGGGAAUGAAGAACCAGCACUGACAGACGACAUAGCACCUUCAACAGCGCAUCCUCUUAUUCAGAGUCAUUACUCCUUCAGUACAUGAAGACAAAAUAAACUGGUGUUUUCUUCUGCGGAGGUGUUUGUCAGGUCUGACCAUUGCAGAAAUCACACUGGGAGAAGUUGAGAGAAGCUGUGCAUUUGCACUGAAUUUUGUUUUUUAGCAUCUUUAAGUUGGUAUGAAACAUUUUUUAUGACCAUAUACCAGUGUAUCAGUCAGAGCUGAAAGACAUCUUUACUUUUAAUUUGUAACAUGAUUCAUUACAACUUAAUAUUUGACAUCUUAAAUCACAAAUAGUUAUUAUUCCAAAAAUAGCUCUCAAUAAGUUGGUACACUGGAAUGAGGUUUUUGUUUUUAGUUGGUUUUUUUAAAUGGUUUGUCAACUUGUCUCCUCAGUUGUAGUUUUGAUUGGUGAAGAAACUGCCCAGCCCCGACUUCUGUUGCAUCACUUAUUUUCUUUGACAACUUGCUCUUUAAAGUUGUGGUUUGUGCCGUACUGUUGUUGUUUGCAACAUUUUUGUUUGGCUGCCGAUCAUAGCAGGUGAACAGUUGACCGGCUUUCGCCGGAUGAGGAUUCAGUCAGAAAAAAUUAACACUUCUGUUAAAGCAUUUGUUAGACGACACAUAAAUGAUUGGAAGAAAAAAAAAGUUUCUCAUGUUCAUAAUUCUGAUGUGGAUGAAUCCAACAUGUGUCAAGUUGGUUGGAUAUCAUUUUAUUUUUCUAACAAAUAACAUUGUUGUAAUUUAUUUACAUGAAAACAUGAGAAUAAAACAACUUUUGUUAAA